AUGUCUUCCACAAAGCCUCAUCCGGAUCACGCCCCUCGGGAAGGCAAGAAGGAGGAGAUGCCAGCAGAUCCUCCCAGGGGCCGGACCAAAACCCCAGACCGCUCCUCACCCGGCUACCACGGCCGUGACAAGCAGGCAGACAGCAGAUCUGUGAGCCGAGGCCGCACCCACAGAAGAUCUCAUCACUCAGAUGGUCACGGAAAGGCCAACCUCCCGCAUGAAGAUUUCGUGUACCCUUCCCCCACAGGUGGUUUCUCACCGAAGGGACGACCGCCGACGUUUGCCGAAGCUGCCUACUUGUCUGACGCACCCCAUCUCGACUACAAAACGCCCACCAGCGGAAGAAGACGGGCUUCUACGGCGAUGAAGUCGCCCCAGCCCUCCCACAUCAGGACAGAGAUGGAAGCCGGGGUGGAGAUGACCAAGGCCCGUGGUGGAGCUGCAGAGAUGCGCAAGGACACCAAGGAGGGUUCUGGAAAAAGUGGCAAGGAUUGA